GGUGAUAAAGACUAGUGUAAUGUUAGGUGAUAAAGACUAGUGUAAUGUUCGGUGAUAAAGACUAGUGUAAUGUUAGGUGAUAAAGACUAGUGUAAUGUUAGGUGAUAGAAAGACUAGUAUAAUGUUAGGUGAUAAAGACUAGUAUAAUGUUAGGUGAUAAAGACUAGUGUAAUGUUAGGUGAUAAAGACUAGUAUAAUGUUAGGUGAUAAAGACUAGUGUAAUGUUCGGUGAUAAAGACUAGUGUAAUGUUAGGUGAUAAAGACUAGUGUAAUGUUAGGUGAUAGAAAGACUAGUAUAAUGUUAGGUGAUAAAGACUAGUAUAAUGUUAGGUGAUAAAGACUAGUGUAAUGUUCGGUGAUAAAGACUAGUAUAAUGUUAGGUGAUAGAAAGACUAGUGUAAUGUUAGGUGAUAGAAAGACUAGUAUAAUGUUAGGUGAUAGAAAGACUAGUGUAAUGUUAGGUGAUAAAGACUAGUAUAAUGUUAGGUGAUAAAGACUAGUAUAAUGUUAUGUGAUAAAGACUAGUGUAAUGUUAGGUGAUAGAAAGACUAGUAUAAUGUUAGGUGAUAGAAAGACUAGUAUAAUGUUAGGUGAUAAAGACUAGUGUAAUGUUAGGUGAUAGAAAGACUAGUAUAAUGUUAGGUGAUAGAAAGACUAGUGUAAUGUUAGGUGAAUGAAAGACUAGCUUUAGAGGAGAAAUGUUAGCUGGCUGUUAACGACUGAUAGGAGGCUGACUGACUGUGUUCAAAUAUUGUUGGUAAAUAAUUAAUUGGCCUACCGUCGUAUCUGAGCACUCAUGAUUAAUGAAUUGUAAUGCAAUAAAAAAGCAGCACGGACCACAGAUUAGUAUGUGAGGAACUGUGUGUGUGUUUGGGCUCCUGUGUGUGUGUGUGUGUGUGUGUGUGUGUGUGUGUGUGUGUGUGUUCAAACGCAGCCCCUUGUUUUGAUGAGAGAAACGGGGCAAUGGCGACAGAGUGAGGAGGAGAGUACGAGAGGCGGAGCUUCGAUCCCUCCUCCAUUCAUUCUAUGUAAAUGCACUGCCGCCUGCUCGCGUUCGAUUGGUUGGCUCCCCGAACAGCUUUUCAGACAAACGAGAGAGCACAGGGAGGGAGAGAGACAUAGGAUAGGAGAGUGAUGCAGAGUGUGUGUUCUUAAAGGUCCUGUUCUAAUUAAGCCGGCAGGCUGCAGUGAGACGGACGAUCAGUCUGCGCGCCCCUUUCUCUCCCUCUUACCCCUGAGGUCCCAUUGUCAUCAUUAAUGUCUAUCCCAAACUGUCCAUGAAUUAUGGAGUAGUGAAUUCUCCAUAGAAAUAGUGCCUGUGGGGAACAGAUAGACGGACGGAAGGACAGACAGAGAAAGAGAAGAGGGGGAUGAAGAACACAGCUGUAAGCCGCCACUGUGCAUGCUUCUUCUGCACAGCGCAGGCUCAGUGAAUGUGAGAGAGGGAGCGGUGUGCCCUUCGCUGAACGGAUGAAUGGGAGAGGAGCAGAGGGAGGCUGAGCUUGGAGACAACACGUGCUACACACAGAGAGAGGAAGAAAGGCAGGGAGGACGAGAGAAGCAAAGCUCGCCUACCGCUAUCACACUAGUUACAUCUGAGCUGCACCGACUUCCACCGGCAACAAACCAACACGGGGACAUGAAGAGGACUGGUCUGAUCUGAGCCACAUAUAGAGGAGGAGCUGUAUGAAGUUCCUGUCUGUUCCCCGGGCUGUUGAGUUCCUGUCUUUGUACCGACUGGCGGACAGACAGUGCCGUGCCGUGCUGGUCAUGCGUGUGGAAUGUAGCGUGGCCCCAUUUGAGAAGAACAGAAAACAAACAAAUGCUGCUGAACCUUUCAUUUUCAGGAGGAAGUUACACUACAGUGUGAAUCAGGGAGGGACACUUUCUAAGUGGUACUAGAAGUCAAAGGAAAGACUGUUUAGCGUUUUGCACCAACCGGCAGAAACUUCAAGACUGCGGAGGCUUGAGGCAAGCAGACGGUCUGAAAGAAAGGAGAGGUAUUUCUUCCGUCUGGACGAUGACACUGCUCUGAAUGAAUCCUGCUGGACCAGAGGAGAGAGGGACGGGAGUAUGAGCUAACUCACCCUCACUAAUCCACCCCUAAAAGGUGCCUGUUCAUGUCCCCCGGAUCCUGGCACACCUUCUCUAUCUGUACCACAACCCCAGAGGAAGUAACCCUGUACUCCUAAAGAGAGGUGAAGCUUCCUGGAUAUAGACUCCACUGUGCGACUCCACAGCAGAAGCAACAUGGAUGACUCCAGUAUUCUCAGACGUAGGGGUCUGCAGAAGGAGCUCAGUCUUCCAAGGAGGGCCAGUUUCUGUCGGACCAGUAACAGGAAGAGCCUGAUUGUGACGUCCAGUACCUCUCCUACACUACCCAGACCACACUCACCACUACAUGGACACCCCGGGAGCAGCCCCCUGGACAGCCCCAGAAACUUCUCACCCAGCACGGCAGCACACUUCUCCUUCGUUCCAGCUCGCAGUCACGGGCACAGGGCUGACAGGACGGAUGGCAGACGCUGGUCUCUGGCCUCACUUCCCUCCUCUGGAUAUGGCACUAACACACCCAGCUCCACCGUCUCAUCAUCCUGUUCAUCCCAGGAGAAGCUGCACCAGCUGCCCUUCCAGCCCACGGCGGACGAGCUGCACUUCCUCACCAAGCACUUCAGCUCCGAGAGCAUCACAGACGAGGAUGAACGACACUCGCCCAUGCGCCCCCGCUCACGCAGCCUCAGCCCUGGUCGCUCACCCAUCUCUUUUGACCAUGAGGUCGUCAUGAUGAACCAUGUGUACAAGGAGCGCUUUCCCAAGGCCACGGCUCAAAUGGAGGACCGUCUGGCUGACUUCCUGUCGUCCUCGGCCCCUGACAAGGUGAUGCCCCUGGCCGACGGGGUCCUCAGCUUCAUCCACCACCAGGUCAUAGAGCUGUCCAGAGACUGCCUGGUUAAAAGCCGAGAGGGCUGCAUCACGUCACGCUACUUUUACGAACUGCAGGAGAACCUGGAGAAACUACUGCAAGAUGCUCACGAGCGCUCGGAGAGUGUGGAGGUUACCUUCGUCACCCAGCUGGUGAGGAAGCUGAUGAUGGUCAUCGCUCGUCCUGCACGCCUGUUAGAAUGUCUGGAGUUUGAUCCAGAGGAGUUCUACCAUCUUUUGGAGGCAGCAGAGGGCCAUGCCAAGGAGGGCCAGGGCAUCAAGUCAGACAUCCCCCGCUACAUCAUCAGCCAACUGGGUCUCACCAGAGAUCCUCUGGAGGAGAUGGCCCAGCUGAGCAGCUACGACAGUGGGAACCCAGACACACCAGAGACAGACGACGCUGUGGAUAGUCGAGGGGCCACCGUGCCUGUUGUAGCUCCCCCUAAAACCAAAGCCCCACGGGAGGAGGACUUUGAGAACAUCAAGCUCAUCAGCAACGGGGCCUAUGGUGCUGUGUUUCUGGUGCGCCACAAGGAGACCCGUCAGCGUUUUGCCAUGAAGAAGAUCAACAAGCAGAACCUCAUCCUGAGGAACCAGAUCCAACAGGCCUUCGUAGAGAGAGACAUCCUGACUUUCGCUGAGAACCCCUUCGUGGUCUCAAUGUUCUGCUCCUUCGAGACACGCAGACACCUCUGUAUGGUCAUGGAGUAUGUGGAGGGUGGUGACUGUGCCACCCUGCUGAAGAACAUCGGGGCGCUGCCCGUGGACAUGGCACGCAUGUACUUUGCUGAGACUGUACUGGCACUGGAGUACCUCCACAACUAUGGCAUCGUACACAGGGACCUGAAACCUGACAAUCUUCUGAUCACGUCGAUGGGCCACAUCAAGCUGACAGACUUUGGGCUGUCUAAGAUCGGUCUGAUGAGCCUCACCACCAACCUGUAUGAAGGACACAUAGAGAAAGAUACCAGGGAGUUCCUGGAUAAACAGGUGUGUGGUACACCAGAGUACAUCGCCCCAGAGGUGAUCCUCAGACAGGGCUAUGGUAAGCCAGUAGACUGGUGGGCCAUGGGGGUCAUCCUCUAUGAAUUCCUGGUGGGCUGUGCCCCUUUCUUUGGAGACACACCUGAGGAGCUCUUUGGACAGGUCAUCAGUGAUGAAAUCAUAUGGCCAGAGGAGGAGGAGGCUCUUCCUAACGAUGCCCAGGACCUCAUCUCUAAACUCCUCAGACAGAACCCUCUGGAGAGGCUGGGCACAGGCAGUGCAUUUGAGGUGAAGCAGCAUCGGUUCUUCUAUAAUCUGGACUGGAACACUCUGCUGAGACAGAAGGCAGAGUUCAUCCCUCAGCUAGAGUCAGAGGACGACACCAGCUACUUUGACACCCGUUCAGACAGGUACCACCACUUGGACUCUGAAGAUGAAGACGACACCAACGAUGACGAACACGUAGAGAUACGUCAGUUCUCCUCCUGCUCGCCCCGCUUCAGCAAGGUGUACAGCAGUAUGGAGCGUCUAUCCCUCCAUGAGGAGAAGAGGACCCCCCCGCCCACCAAGCGUAGCCUCAGUGAGGAGGGAGGAGAACGCAUUGACAGCCUCAGUAGUCUCAAGUCCAGAGACCGCAACUGGCUGGUGGGGUCACCUGAGAUCCUGCGUAAGCGUCUGUCUGUCUCAGAGUCGUCCCACACCGAGAGCGACUCCAGCCCUCCCCUGACGGUGCGAAGACGCUGCUGCUCCGCCAUCAUCGAGAUGCCGCGCUUCGCCAUCUCCUCAGAGGAGGAAGCAGGGGUGGCCCCCAGCUAUAGGAGCCCCAGCCUGCUCAGCCAGACCCCCGGUGGAGUCAGGGGCCCCCGCAGCGAGGACUUGCCCCUCUCCAUCCCUGAGCUUCCCGUGGAGAGAGAGCUGAAACUGGACGAGUCCCCCACAACACCAGACUCUACUGCCAGCCAGCUCAGCAAAGCCACACUCACACCGGGCAGUUCAGGAGAUGUGUGGGAGCGUGGUUCAGGGGCAGACAGCUCUCCCUCUACCCCUAAGGCCAUCAGUGACCUGGCAGCUAGGAGGGCCCGUCACAGACUGUUGUCUGGAGACACAGACAGACACGCCCAGUCCAGACCACUCAACAAGGUCAUCAAGUCAGCCUCCGCUACCACUCUCUCACUCAUGAUUCCUGCUGACCACCACGGGGCCUCCCCAUUGGCCAGCCCCAUGUCACCCCACUCCUUCUCGUCCAAUCCCUCGUCCAGAGACUCCUCCCCCAGUAGAGACCUGUCCCCAGCCGUGGCCAACAUCAAACCCGCCAUCAUCAUCCACAAGGCGGGCAAGAAGUACGGAUUCACCCUGCGAGCCAUCAGGGUGUACAUGGGAGACACAGACAUCUACACAGUACAUCACAUGGUCUGGCAUGUAGAGGAGGGUGGUCCAGCCCAUGAUGCAGGGCUGAGAGAAGGAGACCUCAUCACUCAUGUGAAUGGAGAGGCUGUCCACGGCCUAGUGCACACUGAGGUGGUGGAACUCAUUCUCAAGAGCGGCGGUAAGGUGUCCAUCUCUGCCACGUCUUUUGAGAACACCUCCAUCAAGCUGGGCCCCGCCCGCAAGACCGGCUCCAAAUCUAAGAUGGCGCGUCGUAACAAGAAGACCAAGACCAAAGAUAGCAGCCAGGAAAGCAGCAGUAGGAAGAGGAACUCUCUGUUCAGGAAGAUCACUAAGCAGGCGUCUCUUCUCCACACCAGCCGUAGCCUUUCCUCUCUGACCCGCUCUCUGUCCUCUGGAGAGAGUGGACCUGGGUCCCCCACUCACAACCUGUCCCCUAGAUCACCUACACAGGGUUACCGGUCCACACCUGACUCUGCACACUCUGUAGGGGGUAACUCGUCUCAGAGCAGCUCUCCCAGCUCCAGUGUUCCUAACUCCCCAGCCAGCUCCGGUCACAUCAGGCCCAGCUCCCUCCACGGCCUGGCCCCCAAGCUCCAGCGUCAGUAUCGCUCCCCUCGCCGCAAGUCAGCCGGCAAUAUCCCUCUAUCCCCCCUGGCCCGCACCCCUUCCCCAACCCCACAGAGCACCUCCCCCCAGCGCUCUCCCUCCCCCCUGUCCAGCCACGGACUAGGCUCCACCUCAAUGGGUCAGAUCUUUCCCGUCAAGCUCCACUCUUCCCCCCCUCUGGUCAGGCAGAUCUCCAGGCCCAAGAGCGCUGAACACCCCCGCUCCCCACUGCUCAAGCGAGUCCAGUCUGCUGAGAAGCUAGCCUCCUCCCUCUCCUCCUCAUCGUCCUCCCCCUCUCCAUCAGGCGCCGGAGGCGACAAGAAGCUGCCUGUAACAGUGACAGGGCGUAAACACAGCCUGGACAUCUCCCACGCUGAGUUUAAGAAGGAGAUGCUUCAGAGAGACCCCAGUCUGCAGAGUCUCCAGGAAUCAGCUGGGGAGAGAGAGAGCCUACUGCUGGGGUUAGGGCCUGGGAUAGGGGGCCGUGGGGGGCCCGUGGAGAAGGGCAGCCUGCAAAAACCCUCCUCCAGCAGGAAGAUAGGACGUCAGGAGGGGGACGGAGGGUCGACUGCCGGGUCCCUGGGGCUGGCUCCCGGGAAGAGCAAACUGAAGGACAAGCUGUCAGCCAUCAGACAGGACCGGGCUGAGAGGAGGGAGUCACUGCAGAAGCAGGAUGCUAUCCACGAGGUGGACUCAUCAGAGGAUGAGACAGACGAGGGUUCAGAGGACAGUCAGGACGGGAGGGGCAGGAACACCUGCACCUUUACCCCCCCACUGCUCCGCCCCACCUCUGUCAUGCCCAUCGCCCCCCGUACAGGACCCGGGGGCACCCUCCCCUCCCUCUGUCUGUCCCCCUCCUCCACCCUGCUGCCAAGCAGAGCCACCAUACCCUCCACACUCCACGAACACAAGCCCACUCAGAGUGGUCCUUCGCUGGGAGGGAAAGAUGGCGGCUCAGCCUCCUCGGAUGACUGUAGGCGGAGAGAUGGGAAGGCUCCAGACCCCAGCAGCAAGUUUACCCAGAGCCCCCUGUCCAGCACCUUCGCCACCCUCGGCAGUGCUUUCAUCUCCGUCAGCAAGGACACCUUCCUGAAGCCUGCUGCUUCAUCUCCACAUCAGGACUGGAGGAGCCCCAAGUUGCUUGAGCCCAGGGGGAAGAGCAGUAGUUUAUGGAGCGAGGAGAGAGACUCUGGCCUGGAGGCCCCCAGAUCCAGCCCCACUGGGUCCAUAGACGGCAGAGACCUAGUCCCCACACCCAUCUCCUCCCCAGGCAUCACCAAGGAGAAGAAGGAGGCUGACAACCGGAGACAUGCUGCUGCUGCUGCCGCUGCGGCAGCCUACGCCACCCCCAGCCCCCCAGCCUCUCCAGCCUCAGUGUCAAGGUCAGAUAGUGGAGUGGACAAGGUGGUGUCACAUCUAGCCAAUGUAGCUCAUAGCGUCCUGGGGCCCGUCAAACUAACCAUCCCCGGGGCCAAGGAGGCCUUUGAGAGAGCCAAGGACCAGAAUCAGAGACACUCCGACCCCCCUCACCCCAAGGCCACACCUGACUCCCCGCUCGCCGCCACCACCACUCCCCUCUCCCCCUCCACCUUCAGACACCCUGCCCCUCAGCCACCACCCCGCCUGUCCUCCCAGUCUCCUCCUAGGCAGCCCUCCUCCAAAACUGAGCCAGCCCCCCCUCCCCCUCCACAGAGGAGGCUCUCCCCUCCUAAAGACUGUACCCUGGCCCAGGGCACCAAUGAGAGGCCGGUGGUGGAGACUGCACCAAGGAAGGUGCCCACCACCACACCCAACCAGACACCUACUGCAGCCUCAGAGCAGCGCAAUAGGCCAGACCCCCUGGCCUCACAGAGACCCAGCCCAGUCUCCGCAGUCUCCACCCCGCAGGACAAAACCAGCAGCAAGAAGACGUAGCAGAUAAGACACCCAUGAGAAUAGAGACUGCUUGAUGGAGAUCUGAAUCUUUAUCCACAGACAACUGCAUGUUUGGAAGAAAACAACAUUCUAAACUUUUUGCAACUCACUAAUCAUUAUCUGAGAGCAUAGCCAUCUGAUGGUGGGAGGGAGGGAGGGAGAGGAGAGAGA